CCUGCACAAAUAAAACCGCCCUUCUGAGAUUUGUUUUUAGCUUAGCUGAGACACACGAGUGAAAUUGUAACUGAGGAGGAGAAAAAAGUUUACGCUUUUUCUUUUCUUUAAACAAUUUCGCAAACGUUUUGUGCCUCCCCAUCUCUCUGUUAUGCCGGUGCACCGUGACCGGGAGAAGAAGGAGAGCACUGCGGAGGAUAUGGAGCUGGAGGAGCACGAGCAUGAGGCCUCCAGCUCGGAGGAGGAGGAUUCUGACACCUCGUCUGUCUCUGAGGAUGGAGACAGCUCUGAAAUGGACGAGGAGGACUGUGAGCGGAGGAGGACGGAGUGUCUUGAUGAAAUGUCCAACCUGGAGAAACAGUUCGGGGAUCUCAAAGACCAGUUGUAUCACGAGCGUCUCAGUCAGGUGAACAGCAAGCUGGGAGAGGUGGAGGCCGGCCGGGCAUCAGAAUAUCUGGAGCCUCUGGCGGUGCUGCUGGAGAACAUGCAGGUCCGCACCAAGGUGGCAGGUAUCUACCGAGAGCUGUGUCUGGAGUCCGUAAAGAACAAGUAUGAGUGUGAGAUCCAGGCAGCAUGCCAGCACUGGGAGAGCGAGAAGCUGCUGCUGCUCGACACAGUGCAGAGUGAGCUGGAGGAGAAGAUUAGAAGACUGGAAGAAGACCGACACAGCAUAGAUAUUACGUCAGAGUUGUGGAAUGACGAGCUAACGGGAAGGAAGAAGAGGAGAGAUGCGUUGAGUCCGGAUAAGAAGAGGAGGAGACCUUCAGUGGUGUCUGGCCCAUAUAUUGUUUACAUGCUGCCCGACUUGGACAUCCUGGAGGACUGGACGGCUAUCAGAAAGGCCGUGGCUACGCUGGGUCCCCACAGAGGGAAGGCUGACUUGGACAGCCCCGUGUUCCCAUUCAGACAAGACAGAUGCAGGCCCAUCCUCAACUGCUGAGGAACACACGCGGACACACACAGACACAUUACAGAGCCCACUCAAACAAAUCAGGACGCACAAAUAUAUACAUGACACCCAUGGCAGCGUUCACUUCUGGAGAUGGACAUUUUCGCUGAGUCGUUCCCACAAUCCACCACAUCCCUCCGCUAACAGCGACACCAGUCGGUAAGCUGCCCGUUUGUGUACACAAAUUUAUUUUAGAAGUGGCGACGUGCCCCACAUUAGUGUUGUAUUCAACAAGGUUAUUCCUUUAAAAUAGAUGUCACAGAUUGAAUAAACAUGUUUGAAGUGAAUCUGGUGUUGGGUGAGAGAGCUGUUAUCUGUAUGCAGUGAGCCACAACGUUGUCCACGCUACAUUUAUUUUGUGUGUUAACAGCUAAAUCAAGGGGGAACGCUUAUUUUGAUAUCCCGAGAGACAAAGAUAAUAUACUGUAGGACAAGUUAAAAUACCACAGGUGUCACCGGGACAUUCUCCUCUUGCGCAUCUACCUCGUUACUCAGACACGUCAGCAUCAUUGCUCGUAUCUUCACCAGCAGCCUGCCGUUGAAUCGGUGCGCUGUGUUCCUCCAAUCACCGCCCUCCCAGCAACUCUUCAUUCAUUUAACUCUAUGGUUAUAAAAGGAGGAUGAACACACUGCCCUGAACAACAUGUACCCUUUUUUUAAUUUAAGUGUUUGAAGAUAAAGGGUGUCAACACAAAAUGUAUGGACAUUUGAGUCUCUCUUCUUACUAAUGUGAGUGGGUUUUAUAAUUAAAAUGGUUUUAUAAGCAC